GCAUACUUUUAUCCAACGUCUGGGAACUGUCAAAAUCAGCUGCUGCAGCGAAAUUUUGUUAUUUCAGAACGCAAAAAUAUUUUGGUGAAAAAAAAAGUAUUUGGUAAUUGUGUUUAAUUUUAAUAAAUUGUCCAGGCAGGAUUAGGAUGGAGACAAGCAAUGAGGGGAGAAAUAGGAUAAAAGGAUACACCAGUUUAGUUGGUUCGAUAAACAAUCUUCUGGAGACGCUCGAUAAGGAUGAAUCAGUGAGAAAUUCCAUUGAGAACUCCAUCAUACGAAUAGCCGAUCACAGUCCCAAUGAAGUCUUGCAGUCUAUUUAUGAUUUUCGCCAGAGACAGACGAAGCUCAGUGAAGUCAAUGUAUCCACAAUUUUGAGGAUUGUGGAGCAUGUGACGUGCACGACGAAGGCUCAAGAGUGUCUCAAUGAGGCGACAAUUCAGAGGAUUUCGGAGAUGUGCAUUGUGGAUUUGGUAAAGAUGCCAGAUGUCUGUCCGAUGGUGCAGAAGCCAGCACUGGAGAGUCUUGUGGCUCUGGGCAGGAAGAAUUGUGACGUGGUGAUGGAGAAUUUGAUGCGACAGAUGCAGCAUGGACAGGUGACGCAUUUUAUGGUGCUGCACAGCAUGGGACAACUCGCCACAGCCAAUCCCAUGGGUAUUGUAAACUUCCUCAAGCACAUCUUUCGAAUCUUGCUGCCCACUUUGGACACUGUGAAGCAAGAUCAUGUGAAGCAGGCUCAUGCCUUUGCCAUCGGAAGGUUCUGUGAGGCCAUUGCAGAGAGUCAUAUUGAUGAAUCUCUGCCUUCAGAGCCGGCAGACAUGAAAGAUGAGUUUGCUGUAGAGAUUGGAAUAGCCUAUGAGGUACUGUUGACCAAUUGGUUGCUGUCGCGUGAACCUAAAGUGUGUGCUGAUAUCCUUGUGGCUCUGUCUCAUAUGUUCCCUCUGAUGGCCCAGGAUAAAAUUGUCGAACAACUGCAGAAGGUUAUUCCCACUGUUGUUGGUCUCUAUCGCCGGUCAAUUGAUCGGAUAUCAAUUACGCAAUUUCUAGCGGCAAUUCUCAAAACUAGCACAAGUCAGAGUGCUGAUUUGCUGAAUCCUGUUGCGUAUUCACUCUGUGUGAGUCUCUUCGAUCUGAUCUGCGUCAAUCCGAACUACGAAAAACCACAAACGGUUAAAGGGCACAAUGAAGUGUUGAGGUGUUUUGAUCUUCUGGCUCAAAAUUACAGUCAUCACAUUCUCGAUAUGUUGCUCGUUCAGUUGCAGAGCAACAAUGAGAGGGAGAGGAUCAAGGCACUGUUGGUCCUCACUCAUCUCACACAUACCAAAGAUGCCCUUGUUUCGACGAAAAACCGUGAGUUCUGUGAGAUUCUCAAGCAGAUGAUUUCGUCUGAGAAGAGUUUGCGAAUGAAAUUGGUACUGCUUAAGACGAUCAUUGCCUUCAUACAGAAAUCUUUUACUAAAGAAAAAAUCUUUAUAAGAUUUAUUGUAAGGCACUGUUGUCCGUACAACAAGGUACUGUCGGAGCAUGGGACCGUCGAAGAGCAUACAGAGUUUGUUCAAAUAUGCAACAAUUCGCUUUUUAUCCUUUCGACAACUGUUGGAACCAUUGAUGACGUUCUUAAGAGGGAACUCCUCAGCUACUUCAUGCUUCAGGACUAUACAUCAGCUUGCGGUACUCUAGCCAAAUCUCUCGCCAGCCUCUUCACGAAGGAUCCUCAAUUGCAUUCAGAAGAAGAGAUAACUGAUAUCAAUACUGAAGAUCUCUCAAUGAAGACAUCCAUUCCAAGGGCUGAAAGUGUCUUUGUAAGAUGCUUGGCUUUGAUUGCUGAAGGAGAAGAUGUCAAACGGACGCAGAACAUUCUGCUGUUUCUAAAAUCCUACGCCAGCGUUGUCAACAAACAUCUUCCAAUGCUUUGGAAUGAGAAAAUCCCCGAACUGUCGUCUAUUCUGCAGAGGAAUGGAAAGUAUCAGGAUUUUGGAGAGGCGGUACUGCAGUUCGUUGCUGCAACUAUCAAAGAUGUCGAUGACGUCAACUUCCCAGCGACUCUAAUUGACGAAUUGAAGGAGCAACUCCCGUUGUAUACGGUCAACGCCAAUCAAAUACCAGAAUUCAAAAUUCCAAGCCUUCAAGCUGAAAGAGGAAGCAUCCUCAGGUUGUUGGGUACUUGUCUCUGUCAUAUGCUCGAAGAAACCGUAGCGGACGCUAUUAUCGACUUGAUUGUGAGUACAGCAAAGCAAGAGAAGCUGGAGAAGACCCUUCAAGAGGGCGAAAGCAACGUCCUAACACCAGCAGCUAAGGCCUUCGGCAUCAUUUCUCGAACCUACCUAACCCAGGUGCUGAAGAAACUCGAUGUACUGAUUCAAGAGGAAGGUCGAAAGAAACAGACGUCUGGAUUCUUCUCUACGCUCAACUUCAUGAAGGAGACGCAGAAGGAGAGUGAUAUCUUCAAAGUGAAGAUCCUCGUUGUCGAGAGUUACGGAUAUAUCGUGACUAAUUGUCCGCCGGAAUGUUUCCUAGAAGAGGUCCAGCAGUCCAUUGUAUCUUGUCUGCAUGUCGAACUACAGGACGCUAAGGAUGCGUAUCUAAAAAAUCGAAUCCUCGAUACUCUGCUUAGCAUCUGUCAACACAUCCUCAACAAUGACGUCGACCACAAAUUCAAGCUCAGAAAUGACCUUAUACAACAAAUCUUGAAGAUUCCCAUUGAUGGUACUGACAACCUACCAUUCCUUCCGAAGAUUCUGCGCCUCGGAACAGCUCUGAUCCGUAUUCAGCCAGAGGAAGAAGCCGAUGAGCGAGAAGAGAUUCAUUUCCUAGAAGCGAUCUGUGAGAACUUCUUCACUUGUGCUCAGAAGUUGAAGAGCAAGUUUGAGUCUCCGGAGGAAGAUGAUCGCAACAGCUAUCUGGCGAAGUAUCUCAAUGAAUCCUUGCCGGAAUUGAAUGAAUUCGUAAGGGCGAUCCUCGAACAGAACCCAUCUCCAGCUUGUUUGGAUGACGUCGUGUCGAUCCUAGAACGUUGGUCCCGGGAUCGGAAUUGCGAAGUGAGGAUCUGUGCUGGACAUGUAACCAAUGGUGUCCUGGAAGUUUACAUGAAAACCAUGAAGAUGGGUUGCGAAGCUCCGUCAAAGUUCAAUCAAACGGGUCAUAUGAUCGGAAAGACCGUUCCACGGUGUAUAGAUUCCAAUGCAACCGUUCGUCAGACUUCCGUGGAUGUAUUGAGAAAGAUUCUCGAAAUCUCUCACAUCUACGAAACUCUAACUCUUCCCGAUGUAGACAUACAGUGGGUUAAGGACUUGAUCAAGAUUCGGUCGGAGAUCAUAACGGAUGAUCCCAACGAAAUCUACAAGUUGGCAAAUGAAAUUGCGAAGAUCGUAGCAGAUCGUUUACCUAGUUUCCAGCACAUGGCACUAAGCCGAAGUCUUCUAAUGAGCCUUUCAGAUCCCGAGAAGAGUUCUGCCAUUGGAGCGUCUGUUGUCCUGAAAUUCUUCAUGCAACUCAAAGGAUCAGAAAUGUUCCAUGCCAUCACAACCCUGAUCAAUGAGUGUUUGGAAGCAAUCUCUCAGUGUGAAGUCGAUGGCGUGAAAAUUGGGGUUUUGAAAGCGAUCGUAGCUUUGGCCAAACAUCACCCGAAGUUGGUAUGCGCAGAAAUGUUACAGCAAUCGCUGCCCUAUGACACAAAUGUAGCUCAAUUUUGGAGAACGCUCUGCACAGAUCAAGAGCUAACUGGAACGGUUAUUGAUAAUUUCCUCACGACGCUUUCAACUUCUUGUCUCUACGAACCCGCUGAUCAAAGUAAGAAGGACGAUAGGAACAAAAUAGCCACAAUUCAGCCAUUUGCCAUCAUGUGUGCCCUCAAGGAGAUCCUUCCUUGUUCGGAAAUACAAAGUGACUUGAAAAAGCGUUUCCCGGAAAUAUUCGGAAUGCUCUUGACGUCACUAGCAACAUAUACAGGAGUGCUAGCUCCAAAUACUUCCUCCCCAGCCAGUAAAACCAAUUCCAUGAGCAACAAAUCAGCCAGUUCUAAAUUCGGAUUCAUUCCCAAUAGGGAUUCAAUCAAGAUGAAUCCGUGUGAAGUGGUCCUUCUGACAUUUAAGGAAUUCCUGAGGAAUUUGGGAAUGGAACAAGUGGCUGUGGUCUUCGAUGUUUGUCCCCAUUUGGUGUCCAGUGAAGAUCUGGGCAAUUUUAUUGACAUUGUCCCUCCCAUUGCCAAUGCUUUGGUGAAUGAAUUGGGCAUUUCGUCGACGGCAAUGCGUCAACUUGUCACGGUGAUUAGUAAGUAUAUUCCCAGUCCGUAUGAUCCUCAGAGAAUUGCAGCUAUCGCGCUGUAUUCCCAAUUGGUGCCUCAUAAACCGAGUGGGGAAAUAGUCUCGGUGAUUAUUCUUCAUCUCAAUUCAUCGCUCAAUGAUCCCAAUCCACUCGUGAGGGGCUGUUGCCUCCGGGGAUUGGGAUUUGUGGCGUCAUUGGCGGCAUUUGAUGCGGAAAAGUAUUCGGAAAUGACAUUGACGGCUCUGAUGAAGGGUUUGGAUGAUACGAACAGUACUGCUUUGAUGAACAUUCCAUUGGAGAGUAUUCAGGGGCUAUCCCGGAUAAUGGUGGCGAUGCCAUGCAAAAAAAUUGAGAUGUUUCAGAUAUCUCUGGCCAUCAGGAUAAGGCCAUUCUUUGAGAAUAGUGCACUGGAGCUUAGAAAUAGUGCAAUUUGUCUCUUUGGCGAUGUCUGUCAGUCAAAGCUCAAAGGGAUUGAGGGAAAGGCUGAGGGAGCAGUGGAUGAGCAAAUGUCCAUUGAACCUUUCAGGGAGCAACUCUACUACAAUUUCUGUCCACUUUUGUUGCAUCUCUGCGAGGCUGAACCUUCUGUUGCACGAUCGACAAAAGUGACGCUGAAAAAGAUGUGUGCACUCCUGAAAGCUCCCAAAAUCAAUUCAAUGGCCCAGAGUCAUUUACUAGAACAUGGUCAGUUGAAUUAUGAUGUUUUCCUGGAGGAUUUUGUGAAGGUUAUUGGGGAGGAAUUGACAGAGAAUAUGUCGGAUUUUAUUGAAUCCUGUCUGCCGCACUUUAAGAGUCAAUGGCCAGAAGUUAGAGGGAAUGCAGCAGUUCUUGUGGGACUCUUGCAUCAAUUUAAUAAGACUAAUCAGCCCAAUCUCGAGCAAAUCACUCUCAAAGUCUGCUCCCUGCUCAAAGAUGAAAAUACUGGGGUGAAAAUCAAAGCUGCAACUGCACUGGGAUACCUCUUUUCCGGACAAUAGAUUCAUCUUCAGCUUAAUUGUAAUCUAUAAGGAUUUUAUUGAACUUUACACUUUAUUGCUUUUAAUCUUCAAUGUAUAUUUGUGAUAGUCUGAAGGAUUAAUGGACAUUUCAUAUAUUAAUAAUAAAUAAAAUGUAUACAAUC